AUGCAGAUAAACGCGCCAACAGGUCCCUUAGACAGAGACUAUGACGACAGUCGCCGCAUUUACGACGCCGCAAAAAGUGGCCUGAAAAAGGCAGUUGAACUUGGAUUCCGAUCGCCACUGCUGGUUCUUGGGCCGCUUGCCUCCGCACCCAGCGAUGCUGUCUGGAUGCAGGGAAUCUAUCCACAAUUGAAUGCAAUCAUGGGUGCUCUCUCGGCUCUCUAUACGCCUGUCAAGGACGUUCUCAGGCUUGCUUGGGCAAUGGAAGAAGGACGCCGCAUCACACGGGACAUCUGCGGAUCAGAUCCCGAACGGAUGUCCGCCUACCGAAUCGUCGAGUACCUCGAGCAGGUGUUUGCAAAUGACAGCCAGGUCACCAUGAAAGCCGAACGUGUGGAUCCGGUCAAAUAUCCCUUCUGUGCCACAGUCAACAGAGCCGCUAAAGGUUUGUUUAGUCCUACUUGUUAA